AUGCUUUCUCGCUUUGCAAGCAAGUCUGCUUUCUUAUCCAGAACUGCUACAACUGCGCUAUCCAGCAACAGUUGUAGAAAUAUUUCUUUUGAACUCAGCGAUACUCAAAAGGAAAUUCAAGCGACUGCUCUGAAGUUCUCCAAAGAAGUGAUUCUUCCGAAUGCUGCCAAACACGAUGAAACCGGCGAGUUUCCAUGGGAAAUUGUUAAGCAAGCUCAUUCGCUAGGAAUUAUGAAUCCACAAAUUCCAGAAAAAUAUGGCGGACCAGGAAUGACAACUGUUGAAACUGCUCUGAUUGUUGAGGCAUUGAGCUAUGGAUGUACUGGAAUCCAACUUGGAAUUAUGGGACCAUCUCUUGCCAUUGCUCCGGUCUACAUUGCCGGAAACGAAGAACAAAAGAAGAAAUACCUCGGUAUGCUGGCUGCUGAGCCAAUCAUUGCUUCGUACUGCGUGACUGAGCCAGGAGCGGGAUCUGAUGUGAACGGAGUCAAGACAAGAGUUGAGAAAAAGGGGGACGAGUAUAUCAUCAAUGGAUCUAAAGCCUGGAUCACCGGUGGGGGCCAUGCCAAAUGGUUCUUCGUUCUUGCUCGCUCGGACCCUGAUCCAAAGACUCCAGCUGGAAAAGCUUUCACUGCUUUCAUUGUUGAUGGAGAUACACCAGGAAUUACUCGUGGAAAGAAGGAAAAGAACAUGGGACAACGCUGUUCUGACACGCGCGUCAUCACUUUUGAAGAUGUCCGUGUUCCAGCAUGCAAUGUGCUCGGGGCUCCUGGAGCUGGAUUUAAAGUUGCUAUGUCCGCAUUCGACAUGACUCGUCCAGGUGUUGCGGCUGGCGCUCUUGGUUUGGCAUGGAGAUGUCUCGAUGAGUCAGCCAAAUAUGCCUUAGAGCGAAAGGCUUUUGGAACCGUUAUUGCCAAUCAUCAAGCUGUUCAAUUCAUGCUUGCUGAUAUGGCCGUGAACUUAGAAUUAGCCCGUCUUAUUACUUACAAAUCUGCGUCAGAUGUUGACAACAAAGUCCGCUCUUCUUACAAUGCCUCAAUUGCCAAAUGCUUUGCCGCUGAUACUGCCAACAUCGCGGCCACAAAUGCUGUCCAGAUAUUUGGUGGAAAUGGAUUCAAUUGCGAGUACCCAGUUGAGAAGUUGAUGAGAGAUGCUAAGAUCUACCAAAUUUAUGAAGGAACCUCGCAAAUCCAGAGAAUCGUCAUUUCUCGUAUGCUCCUUGGACACUUUGCUCAGAACGGGACUAGCAGACUCUAA